AUGUAUCACUCGUGGUCUAGCAAGUCAUCCGAAUGGACUGAGGCCCGGUUCUGUGGCGAGAAGCGUGGGACUCUUGCUGCCAGCGAGGCAAUCCUUCGAUCUGGUUCUGGAGGUCAUGGAGUACAGGAGAGUCCGUCUACGCGAGAAAGACGGAGUCGACCCCAGAUGAGGUCCUUCGGGGGUUUGCGCUUGCAGAAAGUCGAUAGGGUGUAA